AUGUUCUGCAACAGAAGGCCAAACAGUGCUGGUCGAAUGUCUGGCUUGGACAAGGACGGUUUCAUCCAACUACAGCAGCAUAGCGGCAAAAUUUGUACUCUCAACAACCGAGUCACUUGUACGUUUGAAAUCCAUGUCGCAAUUACGAGGUCUUUGCCGUGGAUACUAGCUUCGACGUCCAUUUGGCUCGGAUUCUGUCUGGCCCACGUGCCAGCCAGAGCAACUUGUGUUACCGCUCGCCCACUUACCCAUUGUGAAGUCGGUGUGUUUAACACCCACACACACCCCGAGAUAAGCGUCCUUAGCCAAAUUGUGGAGACAGACUGGUUGCGGCGUCGCGGCACACGAAUAUUUCAAAUCAAGCAAACGGUCACUUCGCCGAAUGUGCGGUUACUCCCACGAGAAGCGGCUUUUUACACCUGCGCCCUGCACGAGACGCUCAUGUGUCUGGAAUGUAAGCCAGACGUCAUGUCUUCGGUGUACUCACCACAUCCUCGUCAAGGCCACCGCUUCUACUGCCUCGCCACCCUCUUCUUGCAUAUCUUACAUAUCAGCGGUCUCCCACCACACCCUUGUCCCACCACGUGCAUGCAAAUGUCCUGCUCCCACCCCUCCUCCUCCUCCCCCUCCUUCGCAUCUAUACUUUACAGCCCUUUAGCCGCCCCCGCCCCCACCCCCACCCCCACCGCCCAACCAAAACAUCCUGCCCAUCGACCUGGCUUGGCAAAAAGCCUUUCUCGUAAUCUGCCGCAUCAUUUUUUGGACUGGACAGUGCCUGGAGGAAAGUGGCACGGCUUAGGUGUAACCGCGUCUGCGAUAUGA